UGAACGAGGGGACCCUGAAUGCACCAGCAAAUGCUCGUUUACAGAGACACAACAUUGAGACGAGGUGGAGCAGUGUCCUUUUCAGAAGGUGAACAUAAAAGUCAGUGGAGAAACAAGCCGUUUGCUGGAGAUUCUACCACAGGAGUCCCAUGAAGCGAGAGAAGACUCAUGUCGUGACCUCAGAGCCGUGUGCUCAUGUGACCGUGUGAUAAGGUGUGAGAUACGAGUUUCCACAGUGUUGUCGAGGAAGUGGAAAUGGCGACCUGGCAGAAAGGCAAAGCGUCUUGAGACGGGGGUUGAACAAGACACUUCUGUUCACAGUGUCACUGUGGAAGAGCUCGUAGUUCCUCCUCAGUCACAGAUCAAAGUCGUGGAAGAUUACUGUGUUGAAACCCACCUGACAUGUACCUCCUCGUAAAGCAGUGAUGGCAGUGACGUCAUCUAUCAAGCAGAAAUCUGCCUACUCCAGCUUCUAAGUGGUUCAGCGAGAGCAGACGAUGCCAGUGAUGAGUGAAAAUAGUCCCUGCCUGUGGACUCGGCUCCCCCAGAGCAGCCAGUCGCCAUGUGACCGUUAUAAGCACGCCUGCUGCAACUACGAUGGAAGUGUCUAUGUCCUGGGAGGAAGAGACAGCAGCUGUCUGAGGGACUUCUGGAGGUACAACGUCGUGUGUGACGAGUGGACAAAGUUGAAUUGCACCGGUGAAACUGCACCAGAAGAACUAGAGGAACAUUCUAUGGUGGCUCAUGAGGGCUUCCUGUAUGUGUUUGGAGGCAUGCUGGAUUCUGCAUACACCAAGUGGAGGUGUCCGCUCUGGGUGUUUGACAUCGCAAAGCAGAAGUGGGUACACUGGCAGGGGAAGACGGGCUCCCCUCAGACCCAAAAGCCAACCAACAGGAAGGGACACAGUGCUGUGGUUGUUGGCUCCGCCAUGCUGCUGUAUGGAGGUUUCAUCGACAUCAAAGGAUCCUCACAGGAGUUUUGGAGUUUGGAUUUUGGCACCACAGCCUGGUCCCUGCUCAGUGCCUCUCAGCAGGCCUCACUGGGCCCAGGACCCAGACACAGUCACUCAGCCGUGGCCUACCAGGGCUGCAUGUACCUGUUCGGGGGCCUGAAAGGCCUGAGGGAGCAGAGGGACUUCUGGAAGUGGAAUUCCACCAGCCACAUGUGGAGCUCUGUCAAAAACAAGUCCGGUCCCUCCAGACUGAUGGGCCAUUCAGCUGUGGUCUACAAGGACAGUAUGCUUCUUUUUGGGGGAGGCGAGAGUCAGAACUCUCCAAAGAACUGCCUGUGGAGGUACAACUUCACCACUCAGACAUGGGGGCAGGUCGCCACGCUCCUGGGCUCGACCCCCCCAGACAGGAUUCACCACUGCUGCACUGGGCUGGGUCCCAGCUACAGGUCCGACACCAGCAGUCCCGACUCCAGCUCAGGACUCCAGCCCAGGCUGCCGGAUCUGAGAAUGAGGCCCUUUAAGAACAAGUGCUUCCCUGCCCCGCUCACCUUUCUAGGAUCAGAUGGAGCUAUAGAGCUGGAGACGUUCGGCCCUGACAGGCGCUACGGCAGGAAAACACUCCCACAGUCCUCAGAACUGAUGGAGACGGAUGGACAGCGGAUUGAAAACUGUUUGACCUUUGAAAACAAGGCUUUCAGUAAACAGUGCUCAGUUGAGGAGCCGAUGGACGAGGAGGAUGGAGAUGUAGCCCAGCAUCUGCCUGAUCUCCUGCUGGUGCUGGGGGGACGACCUUGCACCAGACACAAUCCAAUCUCUGUGUGGCAAAUGACUCUGACCGACUCAUAACGAGAAUGGAAAAAAACAUCAAUAUUUUGCUAUCUAUAUUUACCUUUGUUAAAAUGUAUUUGUUUAAAGAGUUUCCUGAAAUAUUUUUAUAAUACUGAUACUUUUGUUUUGAAGUUGUGAAGUUGUGAAGUUAUGCAUUUAUUACGUGUUUACUUUGUGCAGAAAUAUAUUAACAGAAAAUGACACAAAGAAAAGGUAAAUCGUGAAAAAGGCUCAGCACACACACAGACAUUAAAACUCAGUUCAGACCUCAGUUCUCCCACAGGACCUGCUCCUUUACAACACAUCCUUCUGCACUGCUGUGACAGUUUGACACGUUUCAGAUCAGAUCUGGUCAAUAAUAAGGAGAUGCCUGCACUACAGCCUUAAUUACACAAGAUGGCGCCAGAACACAACGCUCAGUUGUCUUCCUGUUUUCUGUGUAACAGCAGGAGUUACUGGGAUAGCUCGACGUUUGGUGCAACGUGAGCUUGCCGAAGGCCAACAAGUCAACUCGUAGAAUAACUCGUUUUCAAAUGUGUCUCUGAAAAGAAACGCGAUUUCUGUGAAUGGAGAAAAAUUACUGUGAUGCUCGGGCGUUUUGAUUUUUACUUUCACAGAUCCGCGUUUCAUGUUGUUUUCUAUUUGAUGACUCGUCAUCUAAGAGUUUGUGUACUUUGAUGGUUUACCUGUAUGGAAGUAAACUAAUCAGCUUCUAUCCAUGUGCUCUAAUGCGUCACUGCUGCGUCGCUCGGCCUGUUUCCCACAUUACUGCUCCUAAAGGUGCAGUUCAGCCCAGGUGAUGUGUCCUGCUCAUAAGAUGAUUUCACUUCUUUUAAUAGGUUGAAGAGAUCAGGAACAAAAUCAGUAUUUCACGAAUAAAAUGCAGCAUGAUUUGAUGUAAUGAAAGUC